AUUUAUGUGAAGCGCAGUGUGGCUGCAGAGCUGAUCCUGUAGGUAAAAGUUGUCCACCUUGUUAGCGAUGGAGGAAAUCUAUGCCAAUGUUGCAUAUGACAAGUCUGUUGGCCCGAGAGCUUCGACAAAUCCCACAGGUCGCAGGAGCUCAGAGAGGAGAGUUCAUGGAGCUGUUGUUCUCUGUCUGGGGCUGCUCAGUGUUUUCCUGCUGGCUGGGCUCAUCGGCCUCGGUGUCCACUAUCAUAACUCCUCACGGCGUUCAGCUGCAGAGCUCUCCUCUAUCAAAGCCAACCUGACUGAGCUUCUCCAGGUCAGUUACAACAAGUCGUCUGCCCUGACUGAAGAGAGAGACCAGCUGAAUGUCAGCCUCAUUAAAAUGACCAAAGAGCGGAACUGGCUGGAGAGAAAGUGUCCUGCAGGAUGGAUGGUGUUCAGUUGUUCCUGUUAUUUCGUCUCUAUUAAGUCUGGUUCCUGGGAUGAAGCCAGACAGGACUGCAAGGAGAGAGGAGCAGAUCUGGUGGUGAUAGACAGUGCUAAAGAACAGACGUUUGUAGUGUCCACCAGGAAAACUGCUUGGAUUGGUUUGACUGACAGAGAUGAGGAAGGAACCUGGAAAUGGAUAGAUGGAACUCCACUGACUCUGAAGAACUGGGAGAAGAAGCAGCCCGAUAAUGGUGGUGGAGAUCCACAGUGGGGCGAAGAGGACUGUGCACAUAUGAGAUAUGGCAAGUGGAAUGACGGGUCAUGUGACAUCCAUCUGCAGUGGAUCUGUGAGAAAACAGCUUAACAUUGCUGAAUGUUCUGAGAAUGUUUGUGGAACUUAAAAUGUUAAUGGCUGUGUCCAUUUUUUAGUGUAUUUGCAGUAUUUUCAAUGUUUGAUUUUGAAGUAAUCUACAUGUAUUCAGAUUAUAUUACAUUUUUGUAUAAUCCAAAAUUAUAUAAAAAUUGCCAUGUUUAGUAGAUGACUGGAUUUAAGUAUUUCAGUAUUGAUACAGACAUGGACAACCCAGAGCAGAACUCCCUCCUUUAGGUUUCAUGUUACAGUUGGUUUUGAAGGGCACAUUGCUUCACUGUUGAUCUGUGUGUGCAGUGGGGCCGGCAGCCAUAAUCCUGUACACACGUACAUUUUUUCAAUGAUUUAUCAUCCUAUCCUGACAAUGAAAUCCUGUCAAAAGCGGUAGAUCGUGUCUUUGGGUCCUUUUUUUACUGACAAAAGUGCCUAAGAUGCUUUCAGGCUGUGUCCACUCACUAUGACGCAAAUUCAUUUGGAUGCUGAUGACUGGUGCAUGUCAGAGGUCAGAGGUCAGUGUAUGAUAAACAUUUUUGGUGCUCAAUUAACCAAAAGAGCCUAAACUACGCAUUAGAGGGAUAUAUUCAUAAUUUUAUUGUUGAGAAGGUCGAUGAAAAGCUUAAAUUACAAGCCAAAAUUUACAGGUCACAGUGUACGCUUGUGAACUGCAUCUCAUUGCCGUCGCCAUCAAAGACAACAAGAUAGAGGAUCAGCAUUGUUCAUGCACUGCUGGGUAAGAAAUUUUACCAUCUUUACCAAGAGUGUCUCUCCGUUAGUUUGGUGCUACAGUAUUUACACUGAAUCAUUCAGCAUAACGUUUACCAGCCUUUGUUAUCUCUGCCAUUACAGAUAAGUUAAUGAAGCUAAGCUCCAGAAGUUAACGUUAGCUUAACUAGAGCCCUUUGGACAACAGCUAACAAUGAUGUACGAUCACCAAAGUACAAAACUAGAACAAAAUAGGCUAAUGAACUCCCAGCAAACAAGGUGACAUGAUGAACAACGCAGCUAGGAGCUAACGUUAGGCUAACUUUAGCUAACGUUAGCUAGAGAUGUUAAAGAUAACUUUAUAUUUCUUUCCAGCAAAGUGACAAUAUGUUGCCUCAAACACAAUGUUGACUUACCUUAGAACAGAUGUAGACAUCAUUGUUAAUCUUAUUCACGUUGAGUUGAUGUUGUGGUCUAACGUUACCACACAACUUUAUCCAGAGGAGACACUUUUCUCGGUUGAGAUGUGGUUUAAAGUGUAAAAAAUACACCUCAUUGCCCAGCCUUUCAGGAUACCUUGUGUCAAAGUUGCAUGUACCCCAUGCACACCGUUUGACCAUUUUUAAACUUCACAUCUCCAAAAUAGCCCGUAAAACCGAACAAAACUGUCUUUCUAUGCAUUUCAAUGGACGUCCAGGCAGAGAAUGUCCGAGUGUAUGGGAAUGGCUAUACGCACUGUGAUUGGCUCAUUGCAUUUGAGGGCGGAGCUUAGCCAUAGGUCAACUAUUAUGCUAACAAAAUUGUGUGACUUAUCUUGUAGUUCGAAAGGAGCAAACAAAAACAACUGAGCAUUUAAGGCUUUUGAAAUAAGAAAGUGAACAAACCUCAGCAGCAAAAAAUAUGCAGAGAGCAACAAGUCUGCUAACGUUACUGCUGCUAGCAUUAUUGUUAUUUCUCAUGAAUAAUGCAUCGUUCCUUUGUAACUGUGAAAGUGUGUGUCUAACAUUGUGGUUUGUCUUAGCAGCCACUGUUAGCACCU